CACACGCGCGCACACUUGCACAUGCGCAAAUACGCACACGCCCACUUUCAGUCACACAUGCGUCUACACACACACACACACAUACACACAUGCACAAGCGCACGCCCACUCUCACUCACGCAUGCGUCCACACACACACACACACACGCACGCACACGCAGAAGCUCUGUGCCCAUGAGAUAGCAGUGGAGAGAGACGAUGGAGCAAAGGCAGUGUUCCUGGCCGGUCACCGUCCUGGUCUUUGCGGCCGUGCUCUGGAUGCAGCGCGGCUCGAACUUCGGACCCCGCCCAUCUCACAGCAGCCACCGCCCGAAUCUGUGGCUCGCCCUGUGCGGACUGUCCCGCGGGGGAAUUCGCGCCUGUCCUUGCGCAGGCAGGUCGGCGGCGCAGGCGCCGGUGCUGAGCGGGCCGGACCGGGCCUACCUGGACAAGAGAGCCGUGCUCCGCUGCGAGGUCCCGGGCCUUCCCCGGCCGCUGGCCUACCAGCUGCUGAAAGGCCCGGGGGACCGGCCCGUGGCCCUGCAGACCCUGGAGGGACCCUCCCCCGCUAACUUCAACCUGGUGGUUCGGUCCGACUCCGGUGGAAUUUACCACUGCAGAGCCAGGGCAGGGGGGGAUCCCAGCUCCUACUCCCUCUCCAGCAACUACCUCUCCUUUCAAGUAGUGAUUCCUGUCAGUGGUGCCGGCCUGGUAUCGGACCCCGACCCCCCCGUCGUUUGGGAGGGGGAGAGGCUCUCUCUGCACUGCCAGGUGAAGAUGGGGUCCCACCUGUCCUAUCACUGGUACUUCAACAGGACGGAGCUGUACCCCCCCUCCACCCCUCCGGGGGAGCCCACGCUGGUCAUCACCCCCGUCUCCCAGCAACACGCCGGCUGGUACUACUGCAUCGUGAGAAACAACAUGACGAACUCGCGCUUCUCCAGCAGCUCGGACCUGGAGGUCAGGGUCAAAGUUUUCCUGUCGGAGCCACAGAUCUCCUUCUCGGUGACCAAGGAGGAGUCGGGUUACCGUGCCGACGUGAGAUGCUGGUCGGCCCAAGGCUCUCCGCCGGUUCAGUUUCGGCUCAUCAAGGGCAACCUCACGCUGGCCAAUAGGACGACAGAGUCGCUGAGCGCCGUGUUCCCUGUGCCUGUCAGCAUUGGGCGGAGCCUGGGCCUGCUGAGGUGCGGAGGAUGUAACCACGGUAACCGGGAAUUGCUCAGCCGACCUCUCAACCUGGAAGUAGUUCCUGUAGGGGGUGCUGUACAGCUGCAUGUGGAGUACCUCUACAGCGCGGGUUCUGAAGCCGUGGGCGUGGCCCUCCGGUGCCUCGUGAGUCACGGAACCUUCCCCGAGUACGCCUGGUUCCUGAACCACACCCUGCUGCAGGGGGGCGGGGCCUCUCACAUCAUCACCCAGGAAGGCCACACCCUCAUCCUGCCCAUCAUCACUGCCGGGAACUCUGGGUCCUACCGCUGCCAGGCCAAGGACAGCUUUGACAACACCACCUGGAUCCCGAGUCCAGCGGCGUUCAUACAGAAGACAGGUCGGAGGCUGGUCUCCAGUGAGGUCAUCGCUGUGGCUUUCUGCUGCUUCCUGCUGCUGGUGUUAGUCGGAAGCGUGUGUUGGAUUUUCACAUUCAGCAAGAAGCGUUUGGAUAGCAGACUGCGGCGCAGGUCCAGUGCGGCCAUUCCAGCCACAGGCAUAGGUGAUCGAGGAGUCGCCUGAACAGCACGAUCCGGUAUGUGGACCCAGCUGGAAAUGGAGAGAGAGAGAGAGAGAGAGAGAGAGAGAGAGUGUGUUACUCAUUGAAUGAACAUCAAUAAAGUUUGUCGUUGGUCACUUCA